AUGAGAGAAGAAAUAGAAGAAAUAAAGGAAAACUGCAGGAUAGAUCAGCAAAGAGGAACACAAUUUAUUAGUUACACAAUGUUUAGAACCUCUGGAAUUUCUAAUAGUAAACAACCCAUAGUUCAAUUACUGAAAACAUCGGUAAGAUGGACACAUGAAUACGCUCCGAGGUUUACAUUCCAAAGUAAGAAACAAAAGGGGAGAGUUGCUGUACGUACUGGUGGUUCUACAAAGGGUUCUACUUUACAGUUUGGUACAUACGGUAUUCGUUUAAAAUCAGAAGGUACAAGAAUGAAAGCACAACAAUUAAAAGAGGCUGACAAUGCCCUGAUGAGAUAUGUAAGACCACUCAAUAAUGGUAUGUUAUGGAGACGCCUAGUUACUGAUAUAGCUGUUUGUAUUAAAGGUAAUGAAACCAGAAUGGGUAAAGGUAAAGGUGCAUUCGAUCAUUGGAUGGUUCGUGUCCCAACCGGUAAGAUUCUAUUUGAAAUGUAUGGUGACAACCUUCAUGAAAGAGUGGCCCGUGAAGCUUUCAGAAAGGCUGGAACAAAGUUACCUGGUGUAUUUGAGUUUGUGUCUAGAAACUCACCUAUUAGGGUAGGUUUAAAUGCUUUCAAGGAACUUGCUCCUAAGAAGGAGAUUAAAAUAGAUCCCUUGUCCAAAUUAUCUCAAAGAUCAAUCAAAAAACGUAUCAACAUUUUGAAAUCUCAGGAGGAUCAAUAUAGACUAUACAGAGGUCGUUAA